AUGCUAAUUCUGUGGUGGACAGUUCUUAGCACUUUACGGGAUGCUGCUGCUGUCAUUCCGAUGACAGCAGCAAUUACUGACGAAUGCGAUUCGCUGAAGAACUCUAGCAAAGGUUUUUCCGAAAUGACCAUACAUCAACGGGAACGACUUGAGCACUGCAUCUAUACAUAUCUUACCGACUCAGAAAUGAAGUUCAAUCACGAUCCGAACUCGUUCCAUACUGAUCCGCCACCAGAAGCGAAACUAACCAUACAGAUAGAUGACGUUGCAAUUCGGCACGUGCAGCUUACCUCUGGAAGUACAUAUCAGUUUCAAAUUUACGGAGAUAUUUACCUGACUUGGGAGGACACUCGACUGAAAUGGGAACCGUCCGAGUGGAAAGUUGAAAAUUUCUACAUUCACGACACACACAAGAUCUGGUCACCGAAUCUGAUCGACCACAGUAUUUGCACUGACAUUACGGCAUGCUCAGCUGAACUGACAGAUGUGGAGAUUGAUAAUGAGGGACGUGCGUUUGCUCGACUCACUUUUCGUUAUUCUGCUUAUUGCAACGUUGAUUACAGCAGGUUUCCUGAAGAUCAAAACCAUUGUUGUAUCUAUUUUACGGCUUUCGAACCAGAUCGUGAUGUCACCUUUGCUCUCGAGACGGAUAAAAACAAAAAGGUAAACCGACCUGUAGCCGCACAGAAUCUCUUCGACCGUGUGAGAGGUCUUUCUACGCUUGCGGACGAGCACUCUGCAUGGGUGGUAGAUGAACAUACUGCGGAGAUCACUCAUCUGGCUGGCAUCAGUUCACUUGAAGUAUUAAAAGUUUGUGUGCAUGCUGAGAAGAAAAUGAGUACAAUAAGGAUGGCAUUGAAGAUUCCCGUCACUAUUGCGACACUAAUUAUGCUGGUUUCGCCACUAUUUGGUGAUCUUCGUACGCAAGUCUACAUAAAACUGUUCAUCCUUUCACUUCAAACAGUGUGUUUCAUCUAUCUUUGCUCAAUUGCACCACCGAACGGUUUUGCUGGAGUAAGACCAAAACUUUACACCUACUAUGAGCUAAUCUUUGUGAUGUCAUCGAUAAGUCUUCUCAUGACACUGGUAUGCGUUGCAUUGAGCCGAGUUAAGAGGACUAUAGCACCAACGCAUCGCUUCUAUUUGGCAGCUAAAUUGGUCAAUCGUGUCGUCUGUUGUAUCGAACCGGAUCAAGCAACUGCAUACCAGCGAUAUUUGGAGGAUACAGACAACCAGAGGACAUCAAAUGAGCCGGAUGCAACAAUGGAGUGGAGACACGUCUAUUUGGCAGUGAACAACACAGUCUCAGGAGCAUUCUUCUCCAUAUUUUUGAUCAUUGUACUAAUAUACUGGUUUUGA